AUGAUCACCGGCAUCGCCCACGUCAAUCUGACCGUGACCGCGGGGAGUCUGGAUUACGCACGGCAGUUCUACGGCGAGACACUCGGUCUUCAAUCGGCGCCUGUGCCGCAACAUCGCGUCGGGUCAUUGGUCUGGUUCGACAUUGGCUCCAGUGGCCAGCAAAUCCACAUCUCGUGCGGGUCUACAGACCCGGAGUCCAAACGACACCCAUGCUUCCGACUGCCGAGCCGCGAGGAGUUGGAGACUUUGCAGAACAAGAUUUACGAGCACCAUCUCCGUGGUGGUCCGGCUGCGCCAAUGGCGGCUGAUAAGCCUGGGGAGGGCAGUUCUGUCUCGACGUCCGGUUCGACCGAGUAUCCGCGACGGUUUUUUGCGAGAGACUAUGCGGGUAAUUUGCUUGAGUUUACAUUGUAG